AUGUCCAACAACGAUUACUACGGCGGCGGCGGCGGCGGCGGCUACGGGCAGCAGCCCCCACAAGGCUACGGGCAGCCGCAGCAGCAGUACGGCCAGCAGUAUCCCCCACAACAGCAGUACCCAGGCCAGCAGCAGUACCCUCCACAGGGCCAGUAUCCUCCCCAGCAGCAAUAUCCCCAGCAGCACCAGCAACACUACGGCGGCCAGCCCCAGGGCCCCCCGCCAAGCUACGGCCAACACCAGCAAGGCUACGGCCAGCAGCAGGGCUACCCUCAGCAAGGCUACAACCCUCACCAGCAGCAGCAAGGCUACGACCAGCGCAACCAGCACCCCGGCGGCGCGCCCAGCUACUACGGCGGCCAGCAGCAGCCAGGUCCCUACCCGGGCGGCCCAGGUGGACCCCCGGGCCAGGACGAGCGAGGUCUUGGCGCAACCCUCGUCGGCGGCGCCGCGGGAGCCUUUGGCGCCCACGCGAUGGGCGGCGGCGCCAUGGGCAAGAUCGCCGGCGGGGCGGUCGGUGCCGUGGGCGCAAACAUGAUCGAGCACGCCUUCAACUGGACCUGCAGGGAUAAGAAGCAUAAAAAGGACAAGAAGCACAAGAAGGACAAGAAAGACAAGAAGAAGCACAAGCGCUCGUCGAGCAGCAGCAGCUCGUCGUCCUCCAGCUCCUCCGACUAA